GUUUCUUUGGUUUUGUUUUCUCUGCUUUUUCCCUCAGUUCUUGUUGUCUGUAGGUUAGAUGACAUCUGCGAAAGUUUCAUGCAAAAGGAAAGAACAGAGAAGAAAUAGAGAGACGGAGCAAGGAACUCAUUGCAGCUGUCAGUUGUCCAGGUGAAAAGGUGCAUUGGCGAAUAUGGUUUUAAACAGCAUUCUUGUUGCCUUUGUUCUUUACCUGGCUCUUCUAGGGGCAACUUUUUCCACAAGGGCUGAAAAGAUAAAUGUUGCUGCUGGUAAGCCUGUCUUCCUUCACUGUCGAAGUGAAACUGACAUGAAAACUCCAUCCAGCAUGGUUUGGAAAUAUAAUGGAAAAGGUCUGCUACAGAAAAUUCAAGGCCAAGUAUAUAAAGUUGAAAGGUCUGAAACAUACAUAUUGAAGGAUGAGGAGACUUUUACUAUAGAACUGCCAAAAGCAAAACCAGGGCAAUAUACCUGUGACGUGAAUGGAAUGCUGGUGGCUACUUAUGACGUUGAAGUGUGGACAGUUACUGGAUCUAAAAGUGGAUACCUCCUGCAAGGUGACACUUUAAAGCUGAGUCUGUCUCCUGUCAAAGAUACCAAGAUUGAAUGGUUUGAACCUCACAAGACCAAAGUAACAGGGAAUGAGCCACGAUGGAAACUGCAAAAGGAUAGCUUACACAUAUUAAACCUUACAAUUCAGGAGGAUAAUGGGAUAUGGGAAUGUCACAUCUCUCCUUAUAAGGUCAAACUCUCCUACAACGUCAAAGUAUUAGGUUUUUCCAAUCCACUGGAUGAGUUCCAGUUUGCCGCUAUCAACAGCACAAGCAUCCUUUCCUGUCCUUUGAAUGUUGACCUUCAAGAAAAUAGAGAUCUGGAGAUUCCAAAACUCCAGUCUUGGAAAUGGCUUAAGAAUAAUAUUAUCAUGAAGGACCAUAACAUAAGCAACAUCAAUCGCUCUUUCUCCGUCCAAGAAAUAGCCAAUGUCCAAUCUGAAGAUGCUGCGCAGUACCAAUGCCAUCUUGGAUUUAAACAUGGAAUUUUGUGUAAAACCAUCAACCUAAUAGUUGUGAAAGUCUCUGCUAUCCCUCCUGUGCUCAGAUCCAAAGAAGACAACGUGACCUUGUGUGGUCAUAUCAGUCCUUCUGCCCCUCCGCUGACUAAAUUGUGCUGGGUUUAUGUAAAUGACUCUACGAGUCAACCCAUUUGUGGCUCUCCCGUUUCAGAGAAUAAAUUCUGUCACGUAGCUACAACGGAAGGACUCUGGAGGUGUGAUUUCAAAGUGAACAACGAUGUGAAAAUCAGUAUUGACUAUAAUCUGGGUAAGUUCCAAGGAAAAUUCUCAAAUGAGACUAGUUUCUUACCGAUCAAAGAAGCCUCGGGAAUUGGCGCAAUGCUUCUGCUGUUAAUUCUUGUUGGAGUCUGUGUACCUACUUGUAAACGUAUUAAGCAGAAACAGCAACAAGCCAAGAGAAUGGCACAAAUUAAGCAACAUUUGCUUGCCAAGAGGACAUGCCAAUGUCAGAGGGACCUACCUAAUGAUUACUACCAUACCUGAAGGAGGGAAAGCAGAUGUUGAAAAAUCACUGGCCUGACCAUUUACAAUCAUUGACAAUGCACAGUAACAUGAAUUCAAACACCACUGGGUUGCCUUAACUUUCUAUCUGAUAUUCAUAGUGCUGUAAUAAUUUCGGCAAGUCUGUAUUUUGAAACUGUGGAGCUUGCAGAAAAUAUUGACCAAAAAGGGUAGUAAUUACUAGCAAUUGUUUCUAAAUUGUCUCUAAUAGCCGACUGCUCUUUGAACCGACUGCUCUUUGAACCAAUUCUACCCAUUGCAACUGUAAAUGAACAAAGAUGUGUUGUUUGUUUUUAAAAUUCCUGACCCAGAAAUUUGUUUGCAUUUAUUGUGUAGUUUGCAAUGUUUUCUGAGAGAAUAUUCUAUCAUUUAAAAAAGCAAUAUUUUAAAAUGUAUAUUAACAGCCAUGAUAUAAUUAUGAUGCUAAUAGCUUAAUGCAUUUCAAAGGACAAA